AGCCCUCACUUUCUGCUUCCCAACUCAUUUUCCCUAUCUAAAAAAAACAAACCCUUUGUUCCUCUGUCUCUCUAAACUAAUGGGUUCUGAUAAGAAGAUCAAGAUCGGUAUCAAUGGGUUCGGAAGAAUUGGUCGUCUGGUAGCCAGAGUUGCUCUGCAGAGAAACGAUGUUGAACUGGUUGCUGUUAAUGAUCCCUUCAUCACCACUGAUUACAUGACAUACAUGUUCAAGUAUGACAGUGUUCAUGGCCACUGGAAGCAUUCUGAUGUUAAGGUUAAGGAUUCAAAGACCCUUCUUUUCGGGGAGAAACCGGUCACUGUUUUCGGCAUCAGGAACCCUGAAGAAAUCCCCUGGAGGGAAACCGGUGCCGAGUUUGUUGUGGAGUCCACUGGAGUGUUCACUGACAAGGAAAAGGCUGCUACCCACUUGAAGGUUCAAUUUUGAUUGCCUUUUUUGUUU